GUCUCAAGCCAUCGUGCUCAGGACUGCUCGAGAUAGUCUUAGUCCCUGUACUUCAAGUGAUUUCACGCGUCGCCUUUCACUAUGGGUCAUACACUGGCUUAUUGGCAGCGACGACCACGCAUCAACGAGAGAAGCCAUCAUUGCGACGGAUAUCUGUGGCAAAGGGCAUCAACAAGUCUUCGACUUUCUUCACCGAGGCCGGGCGCAAGUCUGCCCGUUGCGCUUUCCGUCGCGCAUGCUCAAGCCGUCCGAAAUUCAACUUGAGUCGUCAAAUGUCGCCGUCGCUAUCGAGCCCCUUGGACGAUCAACCUCCGCAACGGAGGCUGCCUUUUCCCUUCAACAAGUUCGGGCAGGUCGUCAACACGUACGCCUGCGUUUCUUCCUGGAGCCUCUGAGUCUGGACGUACGCUCUUCGAAAGUCCUCAGGCUACUAAACACCUCGAUACUAGGCUCCGAUGCCGAAACAAAACCCUAUGUUUCAGCUAUACGCCAAAGGCGUCACGCUCGCCGGUGUCUUAAAAGUGCUCGGCGACGCCGAUCAGUACGUCGAGGUGUCCGCUUUCCACUUCCGUAAGGGAAGGGAGUUGUUUGCUCCUGAGGACGACCGUCGGCUUUGGUUAUCCCACAAACUGGCAGGGGCCUUUCUCGAGCACUUUCUAGAGUUUGGAUCUAUGGUCGAUCUCGAUCAUGCUGUAAGUCUUUACUCGAAUGUGCAUCAGCGAGUGGUCGCGAACCCGAUAGGUGUAAGAUAAGAACCUGGACGUGUCGAGGGCAUGGACAGGUUUACCUUGUCUCGUCGUCUUCAUGAAGUGUCUUCCUCUACAGGCCCUAAGUCCAUCACGGUC